CAAAAUAUUAAAUGCCCCUUAAAAGUUAUACGUAUAGGCACCCAUUCGUGCACCGUAAUGCAGCGCCUCUACAAAUCAAAAAUAAUGUGUUGAACUAAGAAUACGGCGGGCCAUCACGUCUUCUGCGCAUGUCACCAAUCCGAAUCCCCACCAAGCGUCAACUGUCAAAAAUUUAAAAUAUUCGGUACGUUUGAAGCAAAACAAUUUGUUCUAGUCAGUGUGUGGUCAGUGUUAUCGGCGAUUUAUCAAAGUUUAAUGAAGUUGGGUUUUUGUUGGAGCCAUGGGUGCCACAACAAACCACAAACUCAAUUGACGCGAUACCUUUGUUUAUAUUGUUUGAUUUAACCUCAAAAUUUGUGUUCGUUAUGUCUGAUUUAAAUUUAAACGACGUGAGUCUUACCGAAAAGUUCAAAAGGGAGUAUAAUGAGCAGUUUCACAUUUUGGUGAGGAUGCACUUGUCGUUUCUGCUGGAUCAAACGACUGAUGAUAACGAGUGUUUGUCGGACAAAAGUAGACUGAAGAAGUGGUCUUUAGUGCCUUUUAACAAGAAAUCUAAAAGUAGAGGGGUCUUGGAAGGGGCGCCUUUGACUCACGAAGGCAUCUGCCAGGUCUAUCAAUUGAUUGAGUUUUUAAAAAAGGAGCAAAAUAUUAAAACUGAGGGGAUUUUUCGGAAAAGUGGCUCCUCUGUUCGCCAGCAAGAACUGCGAAAUUUAUUGAGUAGGGGCAUAACUCUGGAAUUGGAAGGAAGUCCGUAUAGCAUACAUGAUUGUGCGUCAGUUCUCAAAGGAUUUUUAGCCGAACUUCCGGAUCCUUUGCUGACGGAAAUCCACUAUCUAGCGUACUGCCAGAUUGCAGAGUUAUGCAACGUGGGUGAAAAAUCCAUGCAGUCAGAAAAACUCCUUGCAGCCCUCCAGCUCCUCCUCCUCCUCCUCCCCACUGAAAACAAAGUUCUUUUGAAAGACAUCCUCGAACUCUUACACCUCACCGCCUCCUAUGAAACCCACAACCGCAUGUCAGCUGAUAACUUGGCUAAACUGUUCACCCCUCACUUACUAUGCCCCCGCAACCUCUCCCCUGAAAAGCUCCACCUCAAUUCCCAAACCCUCUCCGGGAUUGUUUCUUUCAUGAUCACCGCCAAUUCCGAGUUAUUCAAAAUCCCCCAGAACCUGAUUCUCGAAUUUCGAGCCCGCUAUGAAAAACGCAAAGCUUUAGCCUCCCAGUGCCUUAACGAAUCCGUCAGCGAUCAAUUCGCAGCCAACACAGUAUUCACAUUCGUCGAUCAGGAAAGGACUGCCAAAGAAAACGAAACAAACACCACAGAGACGGCCUUAGCACAAUUAUACGCUCAUAUUCAGAGUCUUCCAGAGUCCUCAAAAAAGAGGAAGUUAGUUAAACAGUUCAAUAAAGAAAACGGACACGGGACGCCGCUCCAGGUGAUGAGGAGUAGCAUCCAGAAGAAUAAGAGCCUGGGGGAUUCCAUCAAGAAGCACAUCUUCCAUAAGAGCGUGGUGAAGAGUUUAAAGAAAGCGCAUCUGCGGGUAAGCAGCGAAGACAGUAAUGUGGAUACUCCCCCCCACCACACACCACUAACCCGCACAAAACUCUUCUGUGCCAACUGCGAUUCAAGCACAGAGAAGAGUCCAAACGACGAACCCGAGUUGAAAAAAACCCGACGUGUUUCGAAUAACGUUAAAACAACGUCAGAUCCUGAAGAUGGUCCGUGCGUGACGAGUACGCCUGCGUGCGUGACUCUUCAUUUCACCCCAGACGAAAGGGACCGUAAGUCCAUGUCACCCAUUACCAGAUCCACACAACGCAUGCCGAGAGCCAUGCAGGAAACUAUGAUGACCCCCAGAAGCCGGAAGCCGGUGUUGCUGGUUUCUGGAACAAACAUCAACGCGCUGGCGAAAGCGGACACGGUCGCGAGGACCAUGGAUCAGCUGCCUGAAGAAGCGUGCGAGAAGGACGAAACGUCGCUGACGGAGACGUUUCGCGAGUAUUUGGAGAAUCGCAGCAUGUUGACGACGUCGUCGCCAGCGGAUUCGAGUUUCUCGAGUCGGACGGACGAUUUUAAUUCGGACGAGUUUAACGCGAGUCCGAGUAAAAUGACUGAGUCGUUGUUGAGGUGUCUGGACGGGAACGACCCCGAAGAUGCGAGUGACAGCGGCGAGAAAGAGCUGAUUUUAAAACCAAAGAAGUUUGACGAAAAUGGGCAGCCUAUAGUGUUUGAAACUUCAUUCUGAUUUCGCUUGUUGUAAAUAUAUUUAUUGAUGUUGAAGCCAGUACAUUAAGAAUAAAUACCUAUAGACUGAAUUUGAUGUAGAGAACCAAAUAAAUUUUUAGAACAUGUC